CGCGGGUGUGGGGCCGGUCCCCGCCGGCUCCGACCGCUUCACACCGGCCGCGGGGCCCGGGGCUGGGGUUGUGAGGUGGCGGGUGCCUCAGCGGCGACCUGGCCGAGCGCCGGGGGGGAGGGGAAGCUUCGGCGCGGCCCUGAGCCGGGGAGCCGGCGUUAGAGGGCUGGCUGACGUGACGUUCGGCCUCCCGCGCUUUGACGGCAGAUGAGGCCGUGUCGUAACAGUGACGGCGGCCCGGAGAUAAACGGGGCGAGGCGACAGGAGGAGAAGCUGCGUGGCGAUUAAGUGACGCGUGGUUGGGAAGGGAAGGGCUGAAUUCCAUGAUGUUGAGAGGAGUCACUCUUGGUACAAAAAACAGAUUUACUAUUCUGUUGGCAAGAUCUCAAUACUGUAGCCCAGGAUUGAUUUUUUCAUCAGUAUGGACUGAAGUAGCAAACAGAAGCUUCCUAAUACAUUCCACUUACACAACUGAUACAAAAUCAAGAGAAGAAAAUAAGAAAACCAUUGAGAAUCUCUACAGCUUGUCAGUUGACGUUAAGAAAAUACGCCGGCUAAAGGAAUGGGUCCUUCUCCGGGAUGUGGCCUAUGUUAAAGAAGUUGCUGAUAUCUUACAAGAAAUGGGAGCGGAUGAGCCGGCUGUAGCCAGUAUUUUAGAACGCUGCCCAGAGGCAAUUCUCCAUACCCCUGCAGAGGUAAACUCUCAAAGAACUCUGUGGCAAUUAGUAUGCCAGAAUGAAAAACAGUUGAUUAAAUUAAUAGAGCAAUUUCCAGAGUCUUUUUUUACUACUCAAUGUCAUGAGAACCAGAAGGCAAAUAUACUGUUUUUUCAAGAGUUGGGACUUAAGAAUAAUAUAAUCACCAGGUUCUUAACAAGUGCACCCGCUAUUUUCUACAAUCCUGUUGAGAAAAACAAAAAUGUCAUAGAGGAAUUACAAAGAAAUUAUUUAAGUUUAGGAGGUUCUGAUGCAAAUAUGAAGAUCUGGAUACUGAAGUUACUGAGCCAAAAUCCAUUUAUUUUAUUAAAUAGCUCCACUGCAAUCCAGGAGAACUUGGAAUUUCUCCGGACGAAUGAUUUCUCUGACCAUGAAGUUCUACAGCUGCUGUCCAAACUUAAAGGUUUUAUUUUUCAGCUUACUCCUACUACUAUGCAGGAGAGUAUGCUUUUUUCCAAAAAAGUCUUUAAGUGCAAUGAUCAAGAAUUAAAACGGCUAGUGCUGAAAUGCCCAGCCCUUCUCUACUAUCCUGUUCCAGUUUUGGAAGAAAGACUCGAAGGACUACUGAAGGAAGGAAUUUCUAUAGCACAAAUUAGAGAGACACCAAUGGUGCUGGAGUUGACAACGCAAAUUGUUCAGUACCGCGUUAAAAAACUCUCCGCUUUGGGAUAUGAUAUAAAAAGUGGAACUCUAGAAAGCUUGAAUGGUACUAAGAAAGAUUUUGAAGUCAAUUAUGGUAAGAUACAAUCAAAGAAGGAGAGACCAAUUUUUAAUCCUGUUGCUCCUUUAAACAUAGAAGAUUAAUUUGAAUGCUUUACUUUGUAUUACACAAAAUAAAAUUUUCAAAGAGAAAA